AUGGCAUGGUGCAGAACAGCUCUGUGGAUCUGGCUCUUAACAGCAGUGUAUGAGAGGUGCUGCUCUUCUCCUAGUAGUUUCUCUAAGUCCCUCAGCCUGACCCGCGCUGUCCGCUCCCGUGUUCAGCAGCUUCUUCUCAGAUACAAAGAAGAACAGUUUGGUGAUACGAACUUUGAUGACAAGAGGAUCGUAUUAAAAACACUACCAACAGUCACCAUUAACUAUCGGACCUGGCUGCAAAUGGAGGACACUGAGCGCUUGUACCGUGCUUCUCAUGACCUUCAAUCAUUCUGGACUCACCUGGAGAGUCAGCGUCAGAAACUGCAGGGGAAUAGUGGUCGAUCUGAAGGGAAAGAGAUGAAGAAGAGAAACAGGCGAGGAAGACCAUGUCAGUCCUUGUCCCAGAGCAUUCUGGGAAUCCAGCUGGACCUCCGGGACCUCAUGAGACAAGUCAACUCUCAGGUAUGUACACACAAAAUCCAGCCCUGCUAUCCUUUCGCUCUUUCUUCACAGCUACUCAGCAUAAACACAUUAAAGAAGGAUGACUACACACACACACCUCCUUCAACCACCACCACUUCUUCUUCAACCUCCAGGCCGAGUGUACCCUCGACCUCGACCUCAACCUCGACCGUCUCUCCGCCUGGCUCCACUCUUUCUGCUCUGGAUCUGAUUCUGUCCUCCACUCUCCGUACCACGGCUGUCCCGUCAGUCACUCAGCCCAGAAAGGGUGAGCCUUCCCCGGGCACGGUGCAGGAGAACACUCCUAAGGCUGUCUCUUCUCAGUGGAUGUCCGUUCUCGAGGGCUACGUCAUCCUCCGUGACCUCGAGCGCUACCUAAGCAGGCUAGUGCGGGAUUAUACGCUGCUGCGGGCUAAAUACUGACAUGGAAACCAGCGCCUGAAUGAAACCAAGUGAAACCAAGUGAAACCAAGUGUUUAACCCUGUACACUGGAGCACAUUCCAAUGCAGCUAAGACGAGGACCUAUGCACCUCAAUUAGUGUUUAUUUAUUUUUGCAACAAUAUUUAUAUUUUUUAAAGUUUAAUUUCUAUAGUAUUUUCUCACUCUGUGUUUGUUUUCCAAUUUAAAGCUGCGGUAUGUAAUUUUUUAAACUGUAAUAACUGUAAUUUUGGAGAUCCCUUAGAAAGAAUGUGAUUCAAAAUACUGCUAUGCAGUGCUUCUCCCUAUUUUCUUUAUUUCAGGCCUCUGUUUACAUUUUUCUGGGCCAGAAAUAAGCUGAACCCCUCCCUUUUUCUGUAAAAUGAGAACAGAUUGGGCUUUUUUUUUCACUGUCAGUGAAAUUUCAUUUCAUUUUGUCCUUGAUUGAGUAAUAGUGAUGGAACUGAGGCAGCUGCAAGAUCUCUAAUAGAUCUAAUCUAAGGUAUGUUCAUAUUGGGCAUACAAGAUUUACCUGCUCACCAUUCAAGAGUGUUUUAAAUGGAACAACAUUCCAUAAUACGUCACAGCCAUCUGAAGUUGUACUUGACAUUUUAACAUUUUUUAAAAAAUCGUAUUUUUACGAGGCGUAGGAGGGGGUUUCAGGUUUGAAUCCCCCUAAUUUUUUUUCUGACACUGCCAAAUGCUUAUUCCUGGCUGGGUUACAUAACAACCAUACAGCGCAGAUGAUUAUGUUCGUGUCAUGUAAUGUGUUGCGCAGUAAUUGUUCAAAACAUCAACUAAUCAUUACAAUUAAAAAGACAUCAUUACGAUUCCUAAAUAUUCAACCGCCUGAAUGUCAAACAACCUUUUGUUCUUCAGGAUGUUGCUCUACUAAAAGAACUCAUCACUCUUAUCAAAUUAUUUCCUGGCCACGCCACUGUUUGUGGCCUUCUCCUUCAAAAACAUUCUUGGAUUUUUCAGCAGAUGUAGAUUUAUGGACUUUUGGAGUAGUGUAGUGGAGCAAGGGCUUGGAAAUGAAUCAUGGCAUUUCUUACUGAAGCUACUGAUUGUUAUUUAUUUCCUAUCCACUGUGAAUUGACAAAGGGACCAAGUACAUGUUGCACUUUUUUAACCAUCCUUUAUGUAAAGGCAUAACUGCUUAGCUAAAAGUUUAUAGCUGGGCUGUAUUGAACCAAUGCACAGGUUUAAAUACAGUGCAUAAUUAUCAUUUUAAGCUGUGAUUUGAGGUCGUUUUUGUUGUGCAGUCAUUCACCAUUUCCACCAAGUACAGUAUCACUUUAGAAUCUGAUAGAAGGUUUCCACUAUGGUAUUUCCCAAACAAACCCAUACUUCCUCCUUCAUUCAAGAGCCAGCCAAUCGCACGACAGCAUGAUUGAUGGUUUUACCCUCCCUCUCCCCCCGUACUUUCCGCUCUCAUGCACUUAUUUAUUGGAUUACUAUUUAUUUAUUUAUUUAAGUUAUAAAUGUUUUUUUUCAUUGAUUAUUGCCAAUUCAGUGUUUCAGAGUAUUUUAUACAUUUUACAGUUGAGUGUUAUAUAGUCUAAUCAAUACUGCAGAUGUGUUCUGUUACACAAAUAAAAAUA